AUGCGCCCAAUUCUCUCUGCUACGCAAACUUAUAACUAUACGUUGGCCAAGUGGCUGGAUGAAAAAUUGAAACCACUCUCAUGCAAUCAGUACACGGUCACAGAUACCUUUCAGUUUGUCAACGAAGUACAGAGCCUUGAGAUCAACAGAGGUGAUAUUCUAGUAUCCUACGAUGUCACCUCCUUAUUUACCAAUGUACCACUGGAUGAGACUAUCCAGAUUUUAGCUGACAAGGCUUUCAAUGAUGAUUGGUUUAACAAGACCCAAGAACUGAACCUGUCCAGAGACCAGCUGAUUAAACUACUCAAUGCAGCCACUAAGAACCAACUCUUUCAGUUCAACGGAAAUCUCUAUGAGAAAACAGAUGGCAUUGCAAUGGGAUCUCCUCUUGGUUGUCUGCUCACCAAUGUUUUUACAUGCUGCAUUGAAGAUAAACUUGAUCAAGAUGGCAAAUUGCCCUCCUAUUAUCAACGAUAUGUGGAUGUCACUUUUACCAUCAUGCCUGAUAUAGCAUCAGCCGGAAUUUUUCUUGACACCCUAAACCACUGCCACCCAUCAGCAAAGUUUACUAUGGAGGUGGAAAGGAAUGUCUUGCUUCCUUUCAUCAGUGUUGAGCUGUUAAACUUAGCUCCCAGAAUCAUGCCCAAGGUCUACAUAAAACCAACUAAUACGGGUCUCUUACUCUACUACCAGAGCCACAUGGAUAAUCGGUACAAGCACAGUCUAAUUACCACCAUGUCAGGUUGA